UCGUACAGACGAAGAGGUGGAAAGUGGGUUCUCUGAACCAAGAAUUGAAUGUUGGGAGAUGGGGAGAAAGCUUGUUUAGUGUGUGUCCAAGAUCGCAGCUGUUGGGGGAGGCUUUAAAUGAUUUUACCACGAAGGAGAUGUGACGAGAAAUAGACGAUGAUGAACCGGAAUGUCUCGGAGGUGGCAAAAGUAUCAGCACGAUGAGGCUGAAAUGGGAAAUUGGAUCGCGUGUGCCCCACAGGGAGGGCGUGACCGAGAGAAAUUCUGGUAGGAACUAAAUCGAGUGGUUCUGAGUAUCCCGGACAAAGAAUUGGGAUUGGUGCAACUUGGAAACUGGGAAGGGCAAGUACGGCGUCCGGGACAGGACACGGAUGAGGCCCCCCUGAUGGAUAGGCCCAACCCCCCCCUUGGACCAGAUGGCGGGAUGAAAAUCAGCCCAAGUAAAACCCAACAUGUCUUGUCUGAGGAUGGAGCUGUCGGGGAAGUCCAAAGAGAAGGUUGAUGGACGUCGGGAGGCCGGUGGGCCUGACGGGAAGAUGCAGGACGUGGGACGGAAGCGGAGGAGGCGCCGCCCGGUCCAGGACAAAGACCAAGUCCAGUUUGGUGGUGACGGGACAAGUACUUAAUGAAACACAAACUCAUGAUUUUUGGAUGAUAAUCAACAUGUUGAAAAGCUCAAGAAGAGCGUGUUGAGUUAACCACUGAACUGAAGCGUUUGACGCCGUUCCCGGGGAGUCGCUUUGGUGGCCACGUUUGGAGCGGGCGACUUAGUACCCCCGUUAGCCCCGGACCGGUCUGAGGUUCUACGCGAUGCGCCCUUUCGGUCUCUGGUUUCCUCACCGCGAAUCCGCUCGACCUUCCUAGCACAAAAGGGCCAACCGAGUCGUCAUGACCCGCUUGCGCGUGCGCUUGACUCGCUGACGAGUUCAAAGUCCACCAAAACAAGUCCGAGGUUGGCGAGAUGGAGCGGCGGGUGGACGCAAAGAACCACAAGAAGAUUCUGUGUUUGGGGCUGGUCUGUCUGGACAUCGUCAGCGUGGUGGACGAAUUUCCCCGAGAAGAUUCCGACAGCAGGUGCGUGUCGCAGCGAUGGCAGCGGGGAGGCAACGCGUCCAAUUCCUGUACAGUUUUGUCGCUUCUGGGCUCGUCCUGCGCGUUCAUGGGCUCGCUCUGCGCCGGACCCGCGGCCAGUUUCCUGGUGGAAGACUUCACGCGUCGGGCCAUCGACGUUUCGCGGCUGGUGUGGCAGCCCGCCGGCCAGACCCCCAGCGCGUGCUGCGUGGUUUGCCCGUCCAGCGGUUCUCGCACGGUCCUGCUAGCCGACACCAACAUCCCGGACGUGACGAGCCAAGACUUCGAGGCGGUGGAUUUGAGCGCCUUCAAGUGGAUCCACUGGGAGGCGCGUAACGCGGACGAGCAGCUGAAGAUGAUGCAGAGGGUGGAGCGCCACAACGCGGCGUUGCCACGGCAACAGAAGAUCACCGUCUCCGUGGAGAUCGAGAAGCCCAGGGAGGACCUCUAUGGGCUCUUCUCGCACGCCGACGUGGUGUUCGUGAGCAAAGACGUCGCCUGCCGGCUGGGAUUCGACAACCCCCGAGACGCCCUGCGAGGACUCCGGGGCCGCCUCAGGGCCGGCGCCGUCCUGAUCUGCCCUUGGGCCGAGAAAGGCGCGGACGCCGCCGACGUCGACGGGACGCUGCUCCAUUGCGACGCCUUCCCCCCCGAACGCGUCGUGGACACGCUGGGCGCCGGCGACACCUUCAACGCCGCCGUCAUCCACAAGAUGGCCGACGGUUGCGGGUUGCGGGACGCGCUGACUUUCGGCUGCCGGGUGGCGGGCGGCAAGUGCGGUUUCCACGGUUACCACGCCAUCGCCGACAUACUGAGCGCACUCACGCGAGUCUGACAAGCCAGGGCUCCAAAAGGCU